UAAACAAGAAGAUAUGAACGCUUUCUCUCUCUUUCAUAAACACAUUCUGAAAUUUAAUUUCGAUCAGAAGCAAUAAUGGAGCUUCGGUCGAUUCAAUCGCCUGUCGUUAGUAGUCUAGCUACACAAGGCUUCAUUGAAAAGCAGCAACUCAUAUGCUACCGCCAGCUGAUCAGAUCCUUCGGUACCAAGGGAAUUCUUCACUCAAAUUCUAUCAAGCUUAGACCUGUUCGAUUCAAAGCUCAGGCCUCAAGUGCAGCAAAAACUGGUUCGCAGCCUGCUGACAUGAUUUCAAAAAAUGGUGAAAACGACGGAAAUCUCAUCUUUGUUGCUGGAGCGACUGGCAAAGUUGGUUCGCGAACAGUAAGGGAGCUUUUGAAAUUAGGAUUUAAUGUUCGAGCUGGUGUGCGAAGCACUCAAAGAGCAGAAACUUUGGUGAAAAGCGUGCAGCAGAUGAAACUUGAUGAAGCAUUAUCUGAUGGAAGUCAGCCUAUAGAGAAGCUUGAACUUGUGGAGUGUGACUUGGAGAAACCAGAGCAGAUUAAGCCGGCAUUGGGCAGGGCUUCAACUGUUAUAUGCUGCAUUGGGGCCAGUGAGAAGGAGAUAUUUGAUGUUACUGGACCAUACCGAAUUGAUUUUCAAGCCACAAAAAACCUUAUUGACGCAGCUACUGCUUCAAAGGCAAAACAGUUUAUUUUGGUCACAUCUUUGGGAACAAACAAGUUUGGAUUUCCUGCUGCUGUAUUGAAUUUGUUCUGGGGAGUCCUAUGCUGGAAAAGGAAGGCUGAAGAAGCACUUCUUGCUAGUGGUAUUCCUUACACAAUAGUGAGACCUGGAGGUAUGGAGCGUCCUACCGAUUCUUUCAAGGAAACUCAUAAUCUUACCCUCUAUACAGAAGAUACUUUAUUUGGCGGUUUAGUAUCGAAUCUUCAGGUGGCAGAACUCCUUGCGUUCAUGGCCAAAAACCCUGCUCUCUCUUAUUGUAAAGUUGUGGAAGUAAUUGCAGAAACAACAGCACCAUUGACCCCGAUGGGGGAUCUCCUAGCAAAAAUACCACCUCAACGUGCUGUAACUUACCCACCCAAGGAACCAGAAGCUAGCAAAGAACCUGAGCCUGUCCCCAAGGGCUCCAGUUCAGAGAGUUCAAGCAUUGUCACUGAAACACAAUCCCAGUCAAAACCAGUAUCGGCAAGGCCACUCUCCCCAUAUACUGCCUAUGAAGGCUUGAAACCUCCUGUAUCCCCGAUUCCAACCGCACCUGGUGGCAGUAAGGUAGUAGUAGAAGCAGUAUCUACUUCUGUAGUUUCCGAAACCACCACAACUUCAGAAACCAUAGCUAUUACAGCUGAACCUGCACCAGUGGCUGUAGGAUUGCAAACAACCAGGCCUCUCUCUCCUUAUGCUGCUUAUGAGAACCUGAAGCCACCUACCUCUCCAACCCCAACCCCAAGUGGAUCCAAAGAGACACCAUCUUAUUCCUCUUCUACACCAGAAAUUGCAUCAGAAUCCACUACAAGCGUUGAUAAGAUUGUGGAGAUUGAAGAUGGCGGUGAUGCCAAAGAGGAUCCUCCUCAAACUUUGACUUCCAGUAAUUCACCCUACUAUGUAUAUGACAAUCUAAAACCCCCUACAUCGCCAUCUCCAAGUUCACCAUCGGUAUCACCACCAUCAACGAUCCCUGUAGACAACGGGUCUCCUAGUGCUUCCACACCAGAAAACACCUCAGCUAGCACAGUAGUGAAGCCAAGGCCACUUUCACCUUAUCCCAUGUAUGAAACCUUGAAGCCUCCAAGUUCUCCAAUCCCUUCCACCCCUCAGUAAAUGAUGAGUGGUAUGAAUUCAGAUUUCUUCUGUUAAGAAUGGAAACUGAGUAUAUAUGUAUAGUAGAUCCGGAAUGUAAAAUGAGGCUUUGAGGCAUGUUUAGGCAAACAAUCGAAUUUCACCCCAUUUUUUCAUUGUAAUUAUGAAAUCGGUAUGCAUACAUAUAUGGAUCAUUUCUGUCUCUAACUUCCAAUGCAAUCCAAGUAUAAAA